AGAAACGGAUUCCAGCGACCCCCAAGUUCCACUUGUGGGGCAGAAAAUGGACUUGGAGACCCCGAAACUUCAUCUAUGGGGCAGAAACGGAUUCCAGCGACCCCCAAGUUCCACUUGUGGGGCAGAAAAUGGACUUGGAGACCCCCAAACUGCACUUGUGGGGCAGAAAAGGAACUUGAACCCCUGAAAUUCAAUCUAUGGGGCAGAAACGGAUUCCAGCGACCCCCAAGUUCCACUUGUGGGGCAGAAAAUGAGAUUUAAGACCCCAAAAUGUCACUUAUGGGGCAUAAAUGGAACUUGGAGAUCCCGAGCUCCACUUGUGGGGCAGGAAAUCGACGGUGAGACCCCCAAAUUUCCACUUGUGGGGCAGGAAAUCGACUCCGGUGACCCCAAACUGCACUUGUGGGGCAGGAAUGGAUUUGGGACCCCCGAAAUUUCCACUUGUGGGGCAGGAACGGAUUCCAGCGACCCCCAACUCCACUUGUGGGGCAGAAAAUCGACUCCAACGACCCCAAAUUUCCACUUGUGGGGCAGAGAAUGGACCUUGAGACCCCCCGAAACUUCAUCUAUGGGGCAGGAACGGAUUGCAGCGACCCCCAAGUUCCACUUGUGGGGCGGAGGAUGGAACUUUGAGACCCCCAAAUUUCCACUUGUGGGGCAGGAAAUGAACUCCAGUGACCCCCAACCCCACUUGUGGGGCAGAAAAGCGACUUUUAAACCCCAAACUUCACUUGUGGGGCAGAAAAAUCGACUUCGAGACCCCGAAAUUUCCACUUUUGGGGCAAAAAAAAGGAACUUUGAGACCCCGAAAUUUCCGCUUUUGGGGCAAAAAAAAGGAACUUUGAGACCCCGAAAUUUCCACUUUUGGGGCAAAAAAAGGAACUUCGGGACCCCCCAACUUCAUUUUGGGGCAGAAAAAGGAACUUUUAAGACGCCAAAACUCGGAUUUUUGGGGCAGAAAAUGGAUUUUAAGACCUUCCCCCCCUCCCCCUCCCGAAGCUUCACUCGUGGGGCAGCCGCCGGACACGCCCCCUCCCCGGAAGUCUCCGCCCCCUCCCCGGACGUCUCCGCCCCCUCCCCGGAAGUCUCCGCCCCCUAAGCGCCAAAUAUGGAAGUGUGGGAGGGGCUUUGUGAAAGGGGGGGGUGGGCGUGGCUUGGAAAGGGCGGGGGAAAAAAAAACCGGGGGGCGGAGCUUGAAGCUCCGCCCCUUUUUUGCUGACGUCACGCCCUUUCCCAUGCCCCUCCCCCCUCCUCCCUGCUUUGGCCCCGCCCCCGUCUCUCGCCAGGCCACGCCCAGGGGAUUCAAGAGGAAGAUUGCGGUGCUGUCGGCCAGGGGCAGCCUGGAGCCCGAGGGGGGCGGGGCCGGCGCGGGGGGGCCCCGGAAGCGUCGCUGGGGGGCCACGACCCCCAAGAAACCCUCGAUCAACAUCAGCACCGACUCCCUCAAGGGGCUGAUCCCGGACAUCCGGGGCGGGGCCGGGGCGGAGCCUGCGGAUCCUCCCCCGGAAUCCUCGGUGGGCGUGGCCGGAAGCGGGGGGGAGGGGCCGGAACCGGAAGUGGGGGAGCCGGGGGGCGUGGCCUCCUCCUCCACUUCCCCUUCCGGCCCCGUGCGUCCCUUCACCCUGGGGCAGCUCAAGGAGCUCCUGGGCCGCACCGGGCGCCUCAAGGACGACGGAUUCUGGAUCGACCGCAUCAAAUCCCACUGCUUCGUCACGUACUGCUCGGUGGAGGAGGCGGUGGCCACACGCGAGGCCCUGCACGGCGUCAAGUGGCCCCAGUCCAACCCCAAGGUGCUCGCCGCCGACUUCGCCCAGCAGGAGGAGCUGGAUUUCCACCGCGGCCUCCUGGCCCCUCCCCCCGGCUCCUCCCCCUCCCCUUUAACGCCCCGCCCCUCCCCCUGGGCGGAGCGCGAGCGCGAGCGUUCCCGGCGGGAGCGCGCCCGCGAGCAGCGCGAGUGGGACCGGGGGAAGAGCCCCGCCCCUUCCGGGACACGCCCACUUCCGCCGGGGGGCGGGGCCGCGCCGGGACACGCCCCCCGCGACGCCCGCGGCAGCCGGGGGCGGAUCCAAGGGGGCGGGGACAAGGAAAAGGGGCGGGGCCAGCGGGAGGCGCGGCCCGAGAGGAAAGAGAAGCCCCCGGAAGAGCCCCCGGCCAAACUUUUGGACGAUUUGUUCCGGAAAACCAAAGCGGCGCCGUGCAUCUAUUGGCUGCCGCUGACCGACUCCCAGCUGCUGCAGAAGCAGGCGGAGCGAGCGGCGCGGGCGCGGGAACGGGAGCGGCGCCGGAAGGAGCAGGAAGAGGAGGAGCUCCGGCAGCGCCAGAUGGGCGGGGCUUCUGGAGGGGGCGUGGCCGGAGGGGGCGGGGCUUCCUCCACUUCCGGCCCCGCCCACUCGCGCGCUUCCGGUGGGGGCGGGGCUUCGCAGCGGGGAGGGGCCGGGGGUUCCCGGAAGAGGCGGAGCCGGAGUCGGAGCCCGCCCAGCAGGGGGCGGCGUUAAACCACGGGGAGGGGGAGGGGUGGAACCUUCCGGAAGCGAGGGGGAAAA